AUGUUGCACAAAAAACCAGUUACAGUUAUUGAAUAUAACAAAGGAAAAGCUUCAAUAGAUCUUGCAGAUCAGAAAGCAUCAUACGGAAAUCCUCUGCGUAGGUCAUUAAAAUGGUAUCGAAAAGUUUUAGUAGACAUACUUUUAAAUGUCAGUGUAGUCAAUGCUUCAUACAUCUUCAAUAUUGUCACUGAAAGUAAAAUGUCAAUAACACAUUUUCGUUAUUGUUUAGUAGAAAGUUUAAUAAAAAAAAAUGAAAUUGUACACAGUCCACUGGCUGAAAAACAUGAAUUAGUCCCAGUCAAUCGAGGUAGAUGUUAUAAAUGUUACAUCAAGACAUCAGCUGAUAAAGGUAGAAAAUUUGCUCAAUCACAUUCUUUAAAAGUUAAAACAAAGUGCAUUCCCUGUAACAAGUACUUAUGUCUGAGUUGUUUUAACGAUACACACCGUUGUGCUUUAAAAUAA